CAUGCACCAUACAAUAGGACGCUACCAAAAGCAUGCAAAAGAGAUUCAAGCUAACAAUCCCUCUAUGGAACAUGAUCAUACACAGCAUUUGAAGCUUGAAGCAGCAAGCAUGAUGAAAAAGAUAGAGCAACUCGAAGCAUCAAAGGGGAAGUUACUUGGACAAGGUUUGGGGACAUGCACCAUUGAAGAACUGCAGCAACUAGAACGACAGUUAGAGCGCAGUGUUAGUGUCAUACGCGCGAGAAAGAUGCAAGUGUACAAGCAGCAAAUUGAGCAACUGAAAGAAAAGGAAAGAGCCCUAGCUGCUGAAAAUGCCUUGCUUUAUGAGAAGGUUGGUAUUGAAACAGAAAGGGAGUUGAAGGAAGAGAAGGCGGUCGGGACUCCUGCAGAAAUCAGCGAAAUUUCGGAUGUCGAGACAGACUUAUUCAUCGGGCCGCCCGAGACAAGAAAUAAACGUUCCUUCCCAAAA